UAUUGUCAAUCCACCCCGUGAGCUAGUCUGUCCACCUCCAUCUUUCAAGCGGAAAGCUAUAUCACUUCGCGUCGAGACAGCGAGAGAAAUAAAUCUAACAAUUUCCUCAACUGCCGCCGACAUGUCAUCCACCAGCGAGAGCAGGUACACCUAUGAGCAGUACAAGGAGACAGCUGAUUGGCUACUGGAGCGUACGCAGCACAUGCCCAAGGUGGCCAUCAUCUGUGGUUCUGGACUGGGAGGGCUGGCAGACUUACUGGAGAAUAGUGUAGCCUUCCCUUAUAAAGACAUCCCUCACUUCCCUCAGAGCACAGUGCCAGGCCAUGCUGGGAAUCUGGUGUUUGGGGAGCUGCAAGGGAAGGCCUGUGUUUGUAUGCAGGGCAGGUUCCAUUACUAUGAGGGCUACAGCAUCGUCAUGGUGACGUACCCGGUGCGUGUGUCUACUCUGCUUGGGGUGGAGACGUUGAUAGUGACCAACGCUGCAGGAGGACUGAACCCUAAGUUCAAUGUUGGUGACAUCAUGUUGAUCAGAGACCACAUCAAUAUGCCUGGCCUGGCCGGCAUCAACCCUCUGAGGGGACACAACGAUGACAGGUUUGGUGUGCGGUUCCCCUGCAUGUCGGAUGCGUAUGAUGCAGACCUGGGCCGUUUGGCUCAAGAGGUGGCGGAGGAGCAGGGCUGUUCCUCUUUCCUCCAACAGGGGGUGUACUGCAAUGUGGGCGGCCCCGCCUUCGAGACAGUGGCAGAGAGCAAGAUACUGCUGAGCCUGGGGGCAGACGCUGUGGGUAUGAGUACAGUGCCAGAAGUGAUUGUGGCUCGUCACUGUGGUCUGCGUGUGUUUGGCCUGUCUCUCAUCACCAACCGCGUGGUGUCAGAGUAUGGCAGCCAGGACCGCGCUAACCAUGAGGAGGUGCUGGAAAUCACCCAGCGACGCACACAGGACCUGCAGAAACUCAUCAUCAACCUCCUGGCCCGAAUAUAGAUACACACACUAUCUGAUAGUGAUGUUCAAUUUCUUUUUGAUUUAUUUCACCUUUAUUUAACCAGGUAGGCUAGUUGAGAACAAGUUCUAAUUUACAACUGCAACCUGGCCAAGAUAAAGCAAAGCAGUUCGACACAUGCAACACCACAGAG